UAACAAGUACUAUAGAUGGCUUUUCCGCAGACAAAAACAAAUUUUCAUCGUAUUUUCCGAAGUUUCAAUCGUAAACAAGUGCCCGUCAUUUGUGUCUUGGGUCGAAUUUUCGUGCCCCAUCCACAUUCGACACGAACAAAAACAAACAAAAUGCUCCGAAAAUUGCUGCAAAAAGACUUAAAAGCUGCUGUGAUUAGCAUUCAAGCUCGAAACCAUGUCACAUCGCAUCACGAAGCCCCGUCGUCAUCAUCACAAGAGCAAGAGGAACACGUUGAACCCGAUGAAUUCACCAAAGAUUUCUUAAAGCAACGAAUUCCGCUGACCGGUUUCCAGCAAAUCCUCUUGAGUGCGGGUUCAUCUCUCGCAGCAAUUCUUAAUCCAGCACGCAAUGACAUGAUUUCCGCAUUGGGUGAAACGACAGGCACCCGGGCUCUCCAAAAGCAAUACGAGAUAAUGAUGUCAACGGAUGAAGGUCAACGAAUUUUGUCGCAAAAGCCGCGUAUAAAUUCUCGCACCAUCGAUUUACGUGCGUUGGAAAAGCUUCCGCACAACACUUUCGGCUACGCUUACAUUAAUUUUUUGAAAGAAAACGAAGUGCAUCCCGAUUCGCGGGAUCCCGUUCAAUUUAUCGACGAUCCGAAAUUGGCUUACAUAAUGACCCGAUAUCGCGAAUCGCACGAUUUAGUACACACGGUAUUGGGCAUGCCGACAAAUAUGUUGGGAGAAGUAGCUGUGAAAUGGAUUGAGGCCUUAAAUACGGGAUUGCCAAUGUGUUAUGGCGCAGCGGUAUUUGGUUCACUCCGAUUGCGACAGAAACAUCGAGCGCAGUACAAGCAGUAUUAUUUGCCGUGGGCGAUGCGAAUGGCGCGCAACAUGAAACCUCUCAUGCCCGUAUUUUGGGAGGAAAGAUGGGAGCAAGAUCUGUCGGCGUUGCGCGAAGAACUGAAUAUCGAGGUGUUAGUGUUACCGAAUCACGUAAAAAGUACCAAAAAAGAUAAAUUGUUGUAAAUGUUUUAAUCUUAUCAUCCGAAAAAUAUAGAAAAAUUUAAUCGAAAUAAUCUUCAA